AUGGACCACUACAGAGACGACCAAAGCAGCACCACCGUCCGAUCCUCCGGUUCUGGCUCCCACAUCGUCGACGACGACAUGGAAGAAAAGGAAAACCUCCUCGAGUCCAACCCUCCACGCACCACCCCUGGGCAGCAAAAGAGGGAAAAGAGGAGCAGCAGACUCGCGAUUCUUAGUCUCCCGUGUACUACUUUGUUCCUUGCCUUGUCCAACAUCCUUUUGCUAGCAGCCUUGGUGGCUGUUACUUUGCGGUGGCCGAUAACAACAACAACACCAGCACCAUCAGGAACCGAACACCCAACCGGGCCGCUGAAGAAAUUCCCAGAACAACCGCCCUGGGAACCCCAAGUAGAUUUCCGAACCGAAAUCUUCCGCUUCCAGACUAUCUAUGGAGCGGAACCAAGUGAGGAGGUUGAUCAGGCUUGGACUGCUAUGAUUCCUAAAGGCAAAGGCUUCAUCGUCCUCCCCAACGAGACAGCCGACGCGUUACCAGAUGAUCUUCCAAGGCUGGAUAAAUCCAAAAAGGAACAACAUGCCAUGGUUUCUGUUUUUCAUCAGCUGCACUGCUUGUACAUGACCCGAGCAGGCUACUUCGCCGCCAAAUCCGGCUCUCUCGACGAAGUCAACACCCCGCAUCUGAUGCACUGCUGGGACUAUCUCCGGCAAGGCAUCAUGUGCAAUGCCGACACCACUCUCGAAUGGAUCACCCCGCCCGACGAGACGGGCAGCACGGGGUGGGGGUAUCAGCACACCUGCAAAGACUUUGGGGCCGUGUUUGAGUGGGCUGAGCGCCAUCGGUUUAGGGAGUGGAAGGUUAUUCAUUAG